AUGCUCAACAUAUUUAGAGAACAUGGAAAAACUCCCAAACGUCCUUCUGCAAGGACCCGAAUCAAGGCUCUUACCGGAACCAAACUAGGUCCCCAUGGAUUUUCUUCACGGAGAACCCAGUCCCAGCAGACCGGAUCUCAAAAGGACAAGUCGCAGUCACAAGCAAGUAUUAGUCUACACGAGGCUAAUAAACGUAACGCUGAGUUCAAUUCACUUACCAAGGGAAAUGAAUCACUAUUUGAUGAAGUAGUGGAGACUCCUCCCACGGCGAAGCCAGCAAAGCCCAAGCGUUCCAGGGGAAGACCUGCAAAGUCUCCCAGUGCUGUUGAGAAAGUCAGAAAUGCCCCACGAGGAAGACCAAAGAAAGCCAAGCAGCAUCUCACGACAUCUAUCGAUAGGCAUCUUAGAAAUAAUGAUGUGAUAACGAUUCCUGAUGAUGAUAAUAUGUCUAUUGAGGAAAGUGAGACAGUGUUGAAGACUUAUUCGCAAACAAUUCGGCCCAAUUCGAUGCGUGAGAACUGGACAGUUCUUUUACCUAAUGUUCAGACGAUGCUAGAGUCAAUUUUAACUUUAUUCAUCGAGCAGUCCCUUUCAUCCAUCCAUUUCAAGAAUAAGAAAGAUCGUCUCCAUUUUGGUACUCUGGUUCGCACUCAAAUGAUUAAGCCGCUCAUGAAGCGGUUUCUGCAUGUGAAGCUUCCACCUGGCAUCAAAGAAUCUCACUUGGAUCAGGAGCAGUUAAAUGAGGAAAAGCUUCGAUUGGAGACUAACUAUGAUGCCAACUUGAAACAGUUGGAGGCAUUACAGGCUGAAUUACUCAAAGAGAAUCUGAAUCUAAAGAGUGAAAAAAAGUAUACUCUGGAGUACGAGUCGAAGUUUAAUCAGAGUAAGUUGCUAAUGGAUAAAAGCCUAAAACAGCUUCAGGACUUACUUGGAAACGAUAUAGCUAACCUUGAAACCGAUUUUAUUAAUGAAGGUACUACUAACUCUGAAUUUAGUCGGCUUGGACUGCAAACGGAUAGCGAAAGCAUUAUUAUACCAGAUAGUUCUUCUUCAGCAUAUGAUGCUUCCAAGGAUAAGAAGUUGCAGAACGCAUUGAGUAGUCUGCAAUCCCAACUAAUAAAGAUAAAUUCAACUACUUCUGCUGCCCAGGAUCUUGCAGAUGUUUUAGAGCGCCUGCAUAAUAUCUUAGGAUUGGCUACGGAAGACUGA